UUCACUCGGUGCAGUUGCCCAGAUACAGAUGCUCUCGGAUACGCGGAUGGUCAUGGAUCCGUUGGCUAUUUUAUAUUAAAAGUGUGCGUCAAAGCGCACAGCCGAAUUAUUAAAAUAAUAAACGGUUAGCGCUUUUUAAGUGCCUGCGAAUGGUUUCUGUUCAGCACGACUCCACCCCAUCUCCCCGUUUAGACGUUGUAUUCCUUCCCCCACUCUCGGGCAUAAACUAAUUUUGUGUAAAUAAACGAAGUGCCAGGCCGUUUGAAGUUCUGAUUGUGGCGGUUGUUUCGGAUUUUCGAUUUUCAGAUUUCGGAUACCAUGCGUGGCAUGAAUUGAUACACGAAAAGCGUGCGCCACGUUGUUGUGACACCUGCAGACUUUACGAUCCGCCACCCACCCACCUCGCUAUUUGCCUUUUUGGCCAAGUUGGAGUGCGGGUUUCCAUGUGCCUGCGGCUGUCAGUGGUGCCAUUAGCUCAAUCAUCGGUGGUGGAGACGUUGCCUGGUGGAUCACAAGCUGCCAUAACCAUUAUGCCACCACAGGCAUCACCUUGUAGUUGACACAUGGCACUGAAAAUGGAAAACUGAAAGCGAAACAAACACAACUUGGAGUAAGAUGUCAGCAACCCUAGUACAAAAAACACCCACAGAGAAAACAAAUAAUCGAUCGGGAGUUGGAUUAGGACAAGGAACAGGACUAGGAUCGAGUGUAGGCUCUGGUGCAGAAGGGGACGUGCCACCGUAUACUACCAUAUCGCUGCUGUUACAAUACGAUAUCGAUAAUACGCUGAAUGCGUUCAAGGAGCAGCACAAGAUGACACUGGACAAAGUUCAACGGGACACCCUGGAUGGGGAACAGGCCACCGAAUUGGAGGUGGAGCAAAUGGGUCUGGCGAACGGGGCAGGACAAAAACUGAGUGCCCCAUGCAUGCCGCCCACGCCUCCAGCCACGCCUAACCUGCAACAAAACACCGCCCAGAAGCGCUGGAAGAUCCUGGCAAAGGUUUUGCGCAAGGACUCCGAGGAGACGGUGUCCUCCUCCAGCGAUGAGUUCAGCGAGGAGCAAACGGCAUCCGUGCGCCGCUUCAAAAGCUUUGAUCUCCUGCGCCAGGACAGCUUCGAGGAUCACAUGAGUCUGAAGUGCCUGGGUAAGACAGAGAACUGGUACAAGUACCGCAUGCUUUUGGACAACGAGUUCCAGGAGUACUCCGUCAACAUCCAUCACAUGGAGCGCCAGCUGACCGCCAGCGAUCUGAUGGGCUUCAAUAACACGGGCAACAUCUGUGUGUGGCCCUCGGAGGAGGCCCUAACCGCCCUGGUCCUAUCCGAAGUGUCCUCAUAUCGUGGAAAGUGGAUACUGGAGUUGGGCGGAGGGUUCACCUCCCUGGCGGGACUGAUGCUGGCUAAGUACGCCACCCCUUAUGCCGUGCACCUCACGGACGGCAAUGAGAUAUCCGUGGAGAACGUCCGGAAGACAGUUUGCCUCAAUGAGCUGAGCUGCUACACCAAGUGCUCCGUCCUCAAGUGGCAGGAGAAGACCGCUCGUUCACCGGCGGAGCAAGGCAAGUUUGAUUUCAUCCUGUGCGCCGACUGCCUCUUCUUCGACGAGGCCCGAUCCGCUUUGGUGGACACCAUCUGGUAUUACCUGGCCCCCGAGGGCUCUGCCCUAAUAAUGGCCCCCCGGCGAGGUCGCACCCUCAGCGUGUUCAAGGACGAGUGUAUGGCGCGGGGAUUCUCGGUGGUGCAGGCCACGCGGUACAACGAGACCAUCUGGCAGCGUCACCUCCAGCUGAAAGCCGAUUCCGCUCUCUAUGACGAGGACCUGCACUAUCCUUUGCUCCUUCGACUGCGCAAAGCGCACAGCUAGAAGAAGCUCGCGGGGGGCAUGGGGCGAGGGGGCGAGCCAGCUGGCUUUAGUAGCAGAAGUUAAGUUAGUCAAUGUCUUAGUUAAUAGCAACCAAAUUCCAGUUUACACCUUAAACACACACAAAAAAUCACUCAAAAAAUGAGGUCAGUUUUUGGAGAACAAAGGCCUCACCAAAAAAAAGAUAAAGAAAUUCCUUUCCUAAAUUGAAGAAAAAAUGUUGAACAUUAAAUUCAUUGUACUGGUGCUGAAAAUUAAGAUAAAAUGUGCAAAUAAUGUCUUAAUAAAUAUCUAAAAAUGCAAAGUAAUUUAUUCAGGUGCUCUAAGUGAAUGAAGGUCUAAAUUUGGCAAAGAAUUUGUCACUUUGUAUUUCAAUUCAAUUAUACGGAAAUUUUAAAGUUAAAAAAAAGGAAAAAAUACUCAACCAAAAUUUUCAGCACCAGCCAGGUGGAUAGCCUAGAAUGUAACAAAAUCACAAAAAUGAAAAUUCCUUUGAUAUGUAAAUUUGAUUUGCGCUGAUUCCACAAAAAGUUUUGUAACUAUUUUUGUUUUUACAAAAUACUCCCCAUUAUAUGUAGAUGCCACGACCACAGUGACCCACGAAAAAACACACACACAAAGUAUUAUUUAAAUUUAAUGUACACGCUGAAUAGCAUACUUUCUGGCCGCUUUAAUUAAAAGCACGAAAAACCAACACCCACAACUGGACGAACUAGAAUUUCCUGAAAACUUAGAACUUUGAUGAAACAAAAAACAUACAUAUUAUGGAAAAUUAAAUUAAAAGAAAACGUAAACGAUGCCAGCGCUCGACCAAUUAUUUAAUAGUUACCUUAAAUUAGUCUACUGUAAUUACAUAGAGCAUGUGUUAAUGGUUAUAUGAUGAUGAGAUAAAUACAGUAUCGAAAUGCCACGUACAUAUAUUA